AUGUACAAUACACGCAGCGAUUUCAGAGAGAGAGGGAGAGAGAAAGAGAGAGAGAUGAGGCAACCAGCAGCGAGGGUAAAGGGAGCGACGUCGGCGACAACGACGACGGCGUGCUGCAGCAAGGUGGGGCUGAAGAGGGGGCCAUGGACGCCGGAGGAGGACGAGCUGUUGUCGAACUACAUAAAGAAGGAAGGGGAGGGCCGGUGGCGUACGCUGCCGAAGCGAGCUGGGCUUCUGCGCUGCGGGAAGAGCUGCCGCCUCCGGUGGAUGAAUUAUCUCCGCCCUUCCGUCAAGCGAGGCCACAUCUCCCCCGACGAGGAGGAUCUCAUUCUCCGCCUCCACCGCCUCCUCGGAAACAGGUGGUCUCUAAUAGCUGGGAGAAUUCCAGGGCGUACUGACAACGAGAUAAAGAACUUCUGGAACACUCAUCUUAGCAAGAAGCUCAUCAGCCAAGGGAUAGAUCCCAGAACUCACAGGCCACUCACUAAUACUACUACUAGUACUAGUAUUAAUCAUCAUCAUCAUGAGAAACCCUCUUCUUCUUCCAUACCCAAUAAUCGCAUCAUCAUGGAAAACCCUAACCCUAAUAAUCCUGCUGUUGCCACUGCUGCGGUCUCGGAAGAGCCCGCUACAGCUGGUAGUGGAGGAGUUCCUCUUCUUGCCAUGAGAAGGGCUCCUGCUACUGGCGAAGAUGGCACUACUGGUGGGGGGGUGACCAAUUUCCAGAUCAUCAAUUCUGAUCAUCAAGUUUCUGGAGGGAUGAUGAUGGGUUUGAAUAUUGGAAACGCUAGCUGCAGCAGCAAUCAACAGGAUGAUGAUGAUGAUGAUGAUGAUGAUAGUGAUACUAUUAACUAUUGCACCGAUGAUGUGCUGUCUUCCUUCUUGAAUUCACUUAUCAACGAGGACCUCUUCGAAAAUCAACACCAUGCCCAAAUUCAGCACCAUACUACUGUGCCUCCUUCUGCUGCUGCUGCUGCUACUUUUGAUCCAUUGAUCUCCACUACUCAUCAGUCUGUCGCCUUUGGUGCCGGAUGGGAUGCCCCAAUCAUGUUCUCCUCCUCAGACCUCAACAAAACUCGUGAUCCCAAGCGCUUGAAUUAA